GAGCAGCGAACCAAACCCCCAUCUCUUCUUGUAACUUGCAAGCCAAAACAAAAAAAAAAAUCUCGGCCGGCCUGCCAUCGGUUCCCAGCAGGCAGCAGCAUAGCCUCACCUAACGCCAAUCGGACCAUCCAACGAAACCGAAAUCUUUGAGGAAACAGCUGCGGAGCUCGCAAGAACACCACGCCUCGCUUCCCCGUUCCUCCUCCGAUCCGGAUCGAUCAGCCAAGGCCAAAGCCCCUACAGAUCAACCAUCGGCACAUGUCAGAGCUCGAGGCGAGGAUCCUAUAUUUAUAAUGGCCGCCUCCAAUAGCUCUGGCAAGAACGGCACCAACCCGCUGGAAGCCAUGGGCGCCUUCUUCGCGAAGCAGGUCGACCGGCGGAAGCUGGUCACCACCGAGAAGCAGGCGCUGGCCACGCGCCUGUCGUCGUCCGGCGACACGUUCCCGGGCUCCGACCACCGGCCGGCGGACCGGAAGAAGUGGAUGGCGGAGCUGGGCGCCGACAGGGUGCGCGUGCACCAGGUGGUGUGGCCGGGCACCCACGACUCGGCCACCAACAAGAUCGGCGUCCCGCUGGUGACCCGCCCCUUCGCGCGGUGCCAGUCCAUGUCCGUGUACGAGCAGCUGUCCAUGGGCACGCGCGUCAUCGACGUGCGCGUCCAGGAGGAGCGCCGCGUCUGCCACGGCAUCCUGGCCACGUACCCCGUCGAUGUCGUGCUCGACGACGUGAGGCGGUUCCUGGGCGAGACCGAGCAGGAGGUGGUCAUCCUCGAGGUGCGCACAGAGUUCGGGCACGAGGACCCGCCCGAGUUCGCCAAGUUCCUGGUGGAGAAGCUCGGGGAGGAGAACCUGAUCCCGCAGGACGAGGCGGUGUUCCACAAGACCAUCGCGGAGCUGCUCCCGCGGCGGGUGAUAUGCGUGUGGAAGCCACGCAAGUCGCCGGCGCCCAAGCCCGGGGAGCCGCUGUGGAGCGCGGGGUACCUCAAGGACAACUGGAUCGACACGGACCUGCCGGAGACCAAGUUCGAGAGCAACGUCAAGUUCCUGGGGCAGCAGCCGCCGGUGGCGGACCGGAGGUUCUUCUACCGGGUGGAGAACACGGUGACGCCCAAGGCAGACAACCCGGUGCUGUGCGUGUGGCCGGUCACCAAGCGCAUCCACGGGUACGCGCGCCUCUUCAUCGCGGAGGUCUUCGCCAAGGGCCUCGGCGACAAGCUGCAGGUGUUCUCCACCGACUUCAUCGACGGCGACUUCGUCGACGCCUGCGCCGGCGUCACCAAGGCGCGCGUCGAGGGCACCGCCUGACCGCGAAAUCGACCAGCGGUACGUGUUCCCGGUUGGGCUUCGUAGUAAUUAGAGGAGUCGCCGCGAUUACAGGCUGGCAGGGUCAAUCCGUUGGCCUCGUUGGACUAGUGGAGCAGAGCAUUACGGUAUUGUCUUGUGGAAGUGUAUCCGUAGCGUAGGCCUCGUGUACGUCGUUGCCUGUAGCGAUUCAGGCGUACGGCCAUUGCAGUAUGUGAACAGUUAGCGUACAGUGUGUUGUGUGUUUACAGGAGCAUGUGAUUCGUGUUAUUUCUUCAAGUUUAAUAAUGUGUGUACAUCAUGUACUGUGCAUAGUGAUGAAUUGCUCGUGGGGGCUUGAUUGUGUACAAAGGAAUAAACAGAAGGAAGGUUCGCUUUGUUCGGAUGAAUUCUUGAGAUCUUAUUUAUAA